AUCUGACACUUUUUUUUUUUUGGUAAAGGACAUUUAACAAAUUCGUCAAUAAAACAAAGUCAAAUUGGCAUCCAAAGGUUAAGUCGACGAGCUAUAAGUCAACCCCACAUAUAUAGACAUAAAAUAAAACAAAUAAAACAACGCUCACGCCAUCUACUCGUAUGUUUUUACUUAUUUAUAUAGCUAAUUGAUUUUAUAAUAUAUCAGUUAGAAAAUUAAAAACCAUUUUCUUCCGAUAGCGUAAAAGAAACAGAUCAUUCUCUUGGAUAAAUUACAGUUUAUUUAAUUCAAAUUGUUGUUAAGUGUGUAAUGGAGGGCAGGUCCAUAGCUAUUUCGUCUUAUAUUUUUUAUUAUUUUCGUAUUCCGUUUCUCUUUAAUAAAUGCUUUUUUUUAUUAACGAUUUUGACCAACCAACAAUAAAAACUAUAUUUAAUUACAUUUUGUUUUUCUGUAUAUAUAGAGACAUAUAAUCCACAGCAUAUGCAUAAUAUUUCUCGAAACAAUACAAAAAACCUCAUAUCAAAAAAAAAAACCUAAAUCUUCUUCUUCUAAUUUUUUCGUUUAAAUGGUGAGAAAUUCAAUGAAAGCUGAGUACGAUCUAGAUCAUCUUUCUCAUCAAAGCUUUUAUGGUGAUUAUUCAAAAACUUUGGUUCCCAUGAACAAGAACUCCCAAAUAAUAACCAAGGUCAAGCCUAAGAUCCGUAUCAUCCAUAUAUUUGCGCCUGAGAUCAUCAACACCGAUGUCAAGAACUUCCGUACACUCGUCCAAAGUCUAACCGGAAAGCCGGAGAUCACCAAAACCGGUUCUAAGAAAAAGAUAACCAAAACAAGUUUUCCCGCGCCAUCUGUUCUGCCUCAAGAUUCCGGCCAAGAACAUACGGCGGAGCUGGUCAGCAAAAUAAUAGGGAGCCAUGUGGUGAAGGAAGAAUGGGGAUCAAGUUCGAACACAAACACUUACUUUGAUUUAGAUGGUUUGAUCGAUCUUGAUGAAGACGACAACAUAUUCUCAAGUCGAUGGUUUGAUCUUCAACAACAAUAAUUAACUCGGUCACACUUUACCUUAGGGUUUCUACUAAUCGUUAUUCGUGAGUCCUAUUGGUUUUGAUGAUUUGAUCAUUUACAUCGAUAUUGGGCAUAACGAGACAUGGUUCAAGGCAAGACCAUGUUCGAGACGGCGAUCAUCAUAUAGGUAGGAACAUAUACAUGACUUGUAUAUAUGUACAAAUGUUUGGAUUUUUUUUAUGCCCUUUGAUUUAUAAUUUGGUAGACUGACUUAAUUUGCCAAGAAAGAGUGUAGUGAUGAGUUUAACUUGAUAGACUGAUCAAGAGAACGUAAGUUUGAGUUUUGAUCUCCGAUCAUGUGAAAACUCUACUUAAAAAUGGUGUAACACCUUGUGCUCACGCGUGCGUGUAUUAAUUAUUUGAUGUAUUUGUGAUUAACUUUAGCGUUGUGCAAGUUUAUAUAUAAAAACGAUAUUGUGAUUGAA